CGCAUGGAUCGCUUGGUUAAGAAGUACGUACGUGUACGUGGUACCGUAUGGUACAUACAGAGACACAACGCUACACUGGGAGGAUUGUGUACCGACAGGUAUCAUCAACAUCAUCCUCCUCCCAUCCCACCUGGAAGCUUAUUGAUGGUGUCCCUGCAUAACUGUCCGGGACGGAAGCCGAAUUCCUAUCCUGGGUUACAGCUGACCUGUUUUUGUGAUUUGUCGCAUUCUCUUGCAUAUGAAUUCCUUCUGAUUACUGAGGGACUGUGGGAGCUGUCUACGGAGUAUGUAUGGAUAUCCUACCAUAUGGAGGAAGCAGAAAGGGGUGAAAUGAAGGUCUCACGCCGAUCAAGUGCGCGUCGGAGGAAUGUCUCAGGGGGGGUCUUGGAAUGGAGGGAAUCGUCAGGAGGCUGGUCAUUUCUUUCCCCCGUUCCUUUUGAUCUCUUGCUGGUUUUCCCUCUCUUUCUUUUUUUGGUCUGUUGAUCUUGUUGGAAUUUUUGGGGUCGACCAUGCAGGGAUGUUUGUGGGAUCGUGGUCAGCCCUUACCCUGAGCCCUACA